AGAUCAGUGCAUUGAGUCCAUUAGUUCACACAUUAGCAUGAGUUAGUCGAAUUAUUUAAUUAGGUAAUUCAAUAAGGUAGUGAAUUAAUAUCAAUUAUUUAGCGUCGCGAUCGAAACGAUACUGGACGUUGGCUUUUAUUUAAAUUGAAUGUGACGCACUUACGAAACAAGAUUUUUUUUGUUUAACUAAUAACACAAAUUUUACGCGUUUAUUAAAAGUGAUACUGAUAAGCAGAUUUGCAAAUAUUGGAAUGGAACAAAAUAAAGAUCCUAACACUGGCAAGCAAAAUGUGCCAGCGAAGAUCUACGAUGCAAGAACGCAAUCUAUGAAUUACAAUAUUAAUUCUGGAAAUUAUUCCGAAAAUAAUCACAACCUUUUCCAAAUGAUAAAAUGCCACGAGGACAGCCUUUUGAGACUUCAUCACUUGACAGCUGGCCGCCAAAUAAAUGGAACGUAUGACUCGAACUAUCAAAAUGAUUUGUCUUGGUAUUCUAAAGAUUUGCCACGGCAGUAUAUUAAGCCUGUAGAUUAUAUAUCAUACGAAGAUGUGAGACGGAAAUAUAAUGACAACAAAGGUGCGAAGGAGCAGGAAUUACGCAAAGAGUCGGAAGAAGAAAAAGAUGGGAAACCAGAUGAGAGAAAGAAACCGAGGAGAAAUCGAACGACGUUCACUAGUCAACAAUUAGCUGCGUUAGAGAAGGUAUUUGAGAAGACGCAUUAUCCAGAUGCUUUUGUAAGAGAAGAUUUGGCUGCUCGAGUGAAUUUAACUGAAGCGAGGGUUCAGGUAUGGUUUCAAAACAGGCGAGCAAAAUUUCGUCGAAACGAACGAUCGGCACUUUCUUCACACCGCAGCGCUAGCCAAAGUUCCCCGGAGCCUGUACCCGUUCCUAUAGGAAUUUCACAUCAGACUGAUCCUAGACAAGAUUUUACGCGAAACGCCAAAGAGCCGUGGCUACAUCACUUUCAGACUAAUAAUUUAAAUUUCAACCUCGGCUUACCUAUAACAAAUUCAGGCCUUUAUCAAAAUGAUUACUCGUUGAUGAUGCAAAAUGUUGGAAAUCGACAGUACACACCGAAUUCCAAUACAUUAAUGACACAAAAUGUAUCAAGCUAUAGAGGAUCUACGGAGAACAGUUACGGCUCUUGUGCUUUGAUAGGCGGUUAUAGCAACCCUUUGCAACCAACUCACCAUAGUUCGUACAAUUUGAAUUUAAGGUUAAGACCUCAUGAUUUUACUAUUAACAAUAUAACAUUAUGAAAGAAAAAUAUUGUAAUAAUAAAUAUUAAGUUCAG